AUGAAAGUCACCAUUAAAAAUUGGACUGGUGUUGCGACUUGGCGUUGGGUGGCUAACGACGACAAUUGUGGUAUUUGUCGUAUGCCGUUCGAUAGUUGCUGCCCAGACUGCAAAUUGCCUGGUGACGACUGCCCUCUCGUUUGGGGUGCUUGCUCACACUGCUUUCAUAUUCACUGCAUUGUUAAAUGGUUGCACUCUCAACCACAGCAACAGUGUCCUAUGUGCAGACAAGAUUGGAAAUUCAAUAACAAAUAG